AUGGAUGAGGUUUCUAUGGCCGAGGCGGCGCCCAACGCGUCGCUGCGGAUGCCAGGGGAGCCCAUCACGGCCGAGGAGGACCGUGACAAGGUGCUGACCAAGGUGCGUCAGCUGCUAGGUUGGAAGCACCAGUCCUUCCCUGGAGCGCAGCCAGUCUCUCUCACCAGGAAUGAUCUGCCGUUGUUGUUUCGGAGCGAUUACGUGGUGUGCGAGAAAACCGACGGUAUUCGUGCGCUUUUACUGGCGGCGUCGGGCGCCAUCUACCUGAUUGGAAGAAAUGAGGAAGUGCAUUAUGUACCGAUACACCUACCGGUACGAGGCAACCCUUCCGAAACGCAGCAGUUGACGUUACUGGAUGGGGAAAUCGUGGUGGACACGAUGCACGUUAAUGGCGUUGAGGUUCAGCAUCCGCGUUUCAUGUGCUAUGACGGCGUAUACGUCCAGAGGCGUUCUCUGCGGGAACUCAACUUCCUCGACCGUCUAUCCAUUGUCUACACCGACGUGAUACUGCCAUAUCAGAAGUCGCUGGAAGCGCCGACAACGGAAGCCGCUGAGGGGGCACCAGCAGAAGCAGCACAGCCGCCACUGGCCAUAUACCUGAAGGACUUCUUCGACAUAUCGCAGAUAGCACACAUCGAAAAGUUCUCGCAGAGCCUCCCACACGUGAGUGACGGGCUCAUUUUCACCCCUGUGCGGCUGCAAUACCUGCCAGGCACAUGUCCGAAGCUGCUUAAGUGGAAGCCGCCGCACCUCAACACCGUCGACUUCAGCGUGGAUGUCCUGUAUGACGAGCGGAGGUGCCCGCGGCUAGUGGAGCUGUUCGUUAUGGUUAGGGGAACUAGGGUGUUCUACAACGAAUACUUGGCACCUUACGGCGAAGUGUACCGACACAUCCUGACAAUGGCAAUCGGCAGCAAGAUCACGCAGCUGAUCGUGGAGUGCUCAUGGAUCACCGACUCACGCGUCUGGACUUUCGUGCCGAAAGUGCGCGCCAAGAGCGACGCCACCCACGGCGUGACGUUGAACGAUGGAAAGGCGGACUACGAUUUCGACAACGGAACGUGGGUGCAGGGUGGAUGGUACGCGGAGCGCAUCCGUAUGGACAAGAAGCUGCCCAACAGCCUCGCCGUAGUUGACGCUGUGAAGUCGAGUAUCGAAGACGACAUCACCUUCGAGAUGCUGCUGCAGGAGUUCGCGCUCUUCGAAAAGAACGGCAAGAUACCGCUCUACAACAAGUGCAUCAUGCCGAAGGCGUAUACCGAACCUGCAUGA